GAUUAUAUAGAACUCGGAUGAAAAACAAACCUUCCAAGAAACUCAAAAAUGGCAACCAUAUUAGCUUCUUACAGUGUCACUCCAAAUGAACCAACUCCAAAUGGUUCUUUAUGGCUCACUGACUUAGAUCAAGUUGUGCGCCUCAGCCAUACACCACUUCUUUUCAUUUACAAACCAAAACACAACCAAAAAACCAGAAUCAUUGAAACCUUAAAAAACUCUCUCAGCAAGCUUCUUGUUCAUUACUAUCCUAUGGCUGGUAGAUUAUGUUACACAAGUGGUGGUAGAAUUGAAUUGAAUCUCAAUGCAAAAGGAGCUGUUUUGAUAGAAGCUGAAACAACAAAAACAGUGCAGGAUUAUGGUGACUUUUCACCUUCUGACUCAACAAAAGAGCUUAUUCCAAAAAUCGAUUACAAUCAACCCAUGGAGGAAAUUCCAUUGUUUGUAGUUCAAGUCACACGAUUCUCAAACAAAGAUGAAACUUUUGCAUUUGCAAUUGGAAUUGCUUACUCUCACCCUUUAUCUGAUGGUGCUGUUUUCUUCAAAUUGUUAAAUUCAUGGGCCAAAAUAGCAAGAGGUGAAACACUAGAUUCUAAUGAAAUGCCCUUUUUAGAUAGAACAAUUCUCAAAUUUUCACACACCCCACUUGAACCAUGUUUUGAACACAUUGAGUUAAAGCCACCACCACUUAUUCUAGGAAGAUCUGACGCAAACAUUGAAAGAAAGAAGAGUAUAACAGCUGAAUUGUUGAAACUCACGGCAGAAGAAGUUGAAAAGUUGAAGAAAAAAGCUAAUGAAAUUGAUAUUCCAGAAGGGUCAAGACCUUUUAGUAGACAUGAUGCUAUAAGUGCACAUAUAUGGAAAAGUGCAUCUAAAGCACGUGAUCUUGAAACGAAACAAGAAAGUGUUGUAAGAUUCUUUGUUGAAAUCAGGAAUAGAAUUAUUCCAAAUCUUCCAAAGUAUUACUAUGGGAAUGCUUUGAUUCAAGCUUCAGCAAGAGGGUAUAUCGGAGAAAUCACAUCAAAGCCGUUGAGUUACGUUGCAAAGAAGAUAAGGGAAGCACAUGAGUUGAUAACAAAUGAGUAUAUAAGGUCCCAUAUUGAUGUUAUUAGGGGGUUUGAGCAUUUGGAUGAUGCAAGGAAAUUGUUUAUAGGCAGUGAAGGUAAUGAUGCUGCAUAUUUAGGGAAUCCUAAUCUUCAUAUAACAAGUUGGAUGAAUUUUCCUAUAUACGAAGCGGAUUUUGGGUGGGGAAAACCAUUCUACUUUGGUAUUGGAUAUGUUUAUCCGCAUGACAGGGCAUGGAUUCUAUUGAGUCCUGAUGGAGAUGGUUCUGUUAUUGUGUGUGUGCAUUUUCAAGUUGAAUUGAUGCAGCUUUUCAAGAAGUUCUUCUAUGAGGAUUUAUAUGAGUUGUUCAGAUCUGCACGAUUGUGAAUUCGGGAUAAUGAGGAUUUGCGUGUAUGAUUUAUAUGUCAUUUUUUAUAAUGAGAAUAGUGUUUUGUUGUUUUUGCUGUAUGGAAAUUCUGUGAGGAAUUUGUGUUGAUAUUUUUCUGCAGUCAAUUGAAAUCAAAUACAACAAUGGGUGGAUGUAAUGAUGCAUAUUAUAUAAAAGGUGAUAUAGCCUUCU